ACGCUAGCUACACCGCGUGGUUGACGAAGAUGUCCUGUAAGAGAUAAGAGAUAGAUGGGUAGAUACACUCGACGAAUUGAUAAAAUCUGAGAGAAGGGCGGUACCUAGAUACAGACAGUACUUUUCUCUCGACUUUCCAUCAUUCUCACUAUUGUCCUCUGCUGCUGCUGGUCGGCUCUGAAAGAAGAAUGUCAUCUCUAUCCAUUCCACGUCAAUCUUUGUAUUAUGUGAAUAAGGUGACCGAGGGACGAUCGGUGUCCAAUGUUCAAGUUGUGUCACCGUGUCAGAAGCAGGGACAAACCUACGUGACCGCCUUCACACCGCUCACCUCCAACGUCCAAGUCCACACUUCGCUCGAGCAAUUGAGCACUAUUCGCAACGCCGAUGUGCUCAUUUUCAACAAUGCUCUUUCACAGAUUAUUACCAACGCCGAUCUCUUGACCGAUUUCUUGAAGAACGCCACAAACGCCACCGCCAUCGGUGGAACCGUUAUCAUCCGUGAGGAUCUAAAGGACUGCUCCGACAAACGUCAAGUAGCUCGUCUCACCGACUACUUCGAUGUCUUCAGAACCACGGAUUCUGAUGGAAACAACACUGGACUCGAUCUCUACACAGUUGAUCAGGUUGAACACUCGAACUACGUCGAGCAAAACUUCCUCGACUUCAUCUUCGUGUUCCGCAAGAAAGUGUUCGCCCCAACCACUGAUGCCACCAUCACCUUCCGCGACUUCCUCGAUAAAACCCAAUACACAAAUACUGGAAUUGACGCCUACGAGUGGAUGUUCGGUGUGAACUUCAUCUCCCCAGGAGGUUACGAUGAGAAUCUGAAGAUUAUCAAAAGAUUCGGAGACUUUAAGCCAGGACAGACAAUGCUGGAUAUUGGAGUCGGAAUCGGUGGUGGAGCUAGACAGGUUGCCGAUGAGUUUGGAGUUCAUGUUCAUGGAAUUGAUUUGUCUUCAAAUAUGUUGGCAAUCGCUUUGGAACGACUUCACGAGGAAAAGGAUUCACGUGUCAAGUACUCGAUUACUGAUGCAUUGGUCUAUCAAUUCGAGGAUAAUUCAUUCGAUUACGUGUUCUCGAGAGAUUGUAUUCAACACAUUCCAGACACCGAGAAGCUUUUCUCAAGAAUCUAUAAAGCACUGAAACCAGGAGGCAAGGUGCUCAUCACAAUGUAUGGAAAGGGUUACGGAGAGCAAAGUGACAAGUUCAAGACCUAUGUUGCUCAGAGAGCAUAUUUCUUGAAAAACUUGAAGGAGAUCGCUGAUAUCGCCAACAAGACAGGUUUUGUCAAUGUUCAGACUGAGAAUAUGACCCCAAGAUUCAAGGAGAUCCUUCUUGAAGAACGUGGUCAUUUGGAGCAGAAUGAGGCAGAGUUCAUGUCGAAGUUUACCCAACGCGAAAGAGAUUCCCUCAUCUCUGGAUGGACCGACAAGCUCGGAUACAUCGAGAAGGACAACCACAACUGGAACUUCUUCCUUGCCCAAAAACCAUUCCCAAAAUAAUUUCAAUUUGUUCAUAGUUCUUUUACAGUAUUUUUGGUUGUUUAGACCGUUAUUUAAUGAAAUUAUUUUCUC